AUGGAACCGAAAACAAAUAGAGGGCCCUCUAAAUUGCACCGGAUCGGAUAUCGGUCCAGUAAAGGGUUUCCGCCACAAGAAGACUGUCUUAAACCCUUGACAUGUGGCAGCCCUGCGAUUGUAGCCAAUGUAUCAACCAAUAGAGCACCGAUCAAUAUGGGAGUUGUACCUCGCGGUACAACCACCGCCUUCGCCAGGGUUUGUCGGGUGAGGGCAUCAGUGGUGGAUUCGUACGAGAGCUCUUCUAAUUUCAUUAAGCGCAUGGAACAAGCUUGGCUAAUAUCACAGCAACCAAGACCAGUCGGGUGCACUUCCUGCAACUCAAAUGGGCACGUUGACUGUAAAUGGUGUGCGGGUACUGGCUUUUUCAUUCUUGGUGAUAACAUUCUUUGCCAAGUCCCUUCCAGAAACACUACCUGUGUCAUAUGUGCUGGAAAGGUAUAUUAAAACCUGAAAGAGCUAAUUAUUGUUUGAUUGUUCUUUCCAGUUCUGGAUA